AUCAUGCAGCGACGGUCGGUUUUUUAACCAUUUCACCAGCAAGCCAAUACAUCAUUCACUUUUCCUAUAGUGAGAGAAACAAUUUAGUCAGGGAACCUUCAAGCGUAUCAUUUUAUUUUGAAUUCCAUCAAAAACAUAAAAAAAAUGCGACGAAUAAGGUUGGUGUUUCUGGGCAAUGUUCUGCUGUAUGUAAUCGGCGCAUUGGCUGGGCCAAUACAGAAGUGUACAAAGGUGAUGGACGUCGCUAUGGUCGUAGAUGAAUCAGGCUCAAUACGACCAAAUAACUUUCAAAAAAUCAAAGGAUUUGUCAACGAUUUAAUAUCUCGCUUCAGCGUUUCCCGAUUUGGCACUCAUUUUGCUCUCGUAAAAUACAGCGACCAACCACGUGAAGUUUUCUCUCUCACCAAGUAUACAAACGAGACGCAACUGCAUACCGCUGUCCAAAAGAUGAAGUACCUUCGCGGUCGCACGUUUACGGGAAGGGCGUUGAAAUAUGUUGAUCAAAACAAGAUAUUCGGACAAGCUCAAGACAGAAAGGAUGCGCCAAAUGUGGUCGUUAUAUUUACUGACGGGAGGUCCGAUGAUCAUUCAAGAGCAGUUCAGUUUGCACAGGAAUUGAAGGCAAAUCAUGUCGCCAUUUUGUGUGUUGGCAUUGGCCAAGGUCGAACCGUCUAUCGUUUAAUAAAGCAGCUCAACCAGCUAGCAAGCAAACGGGAGUAUGUUUUCAAAUCGCCUAUAAACGCAUUGGAUACAAUCGAGAAUGCAUUGGUUAAAGAGAUUUGUGAAGCUAUUCCUGCCUGUAAAAGUCAGCCUUGCCAAAAUGGAGGACGAUGUGUUGACACAGUGGCAGGGUAUCAGUGCAAUUGCUUGCCAAACUGGACGGGUGUGAAUUGUGAAAUACCUGAAUUUUGCCCAGUGGUAUCGAUCUCAAAAGAGGGUUGCUUCAAGACUCCUCGUCCUAGACCAGUUUCAAGUAAGCUCUUGUUCAACCAACGUAAAAAGAUUGAUUGGGGCUCAGGAUGGGAUAAUUUUCUCGAUGUGGUCAUUUGCGAUUGUGCAAAGGUGGCAAAAGCUCAAGGAUACAAGUAUUUCUUGAUUGAGUUUUACGGCGAAUGCUGGGGCUACAAAGAUUUUGACGUGAACCAGCCUCACGCCGAAGCUAAGAAGUGCUGGAGAAAACGUCCUAACUACGACAUUUGCGACGUAAAUCAUAUAACUCCGAUCUGCGUUGGAACACAAUUUCAUGGAUUCCUCUACCGGGUGAAUUGAUCAUAAUAUUAAAGACUUCUCAAGAAUUGCACAAGAAUUUGCACAAGACGUUGAAACAUUCAAUCAGUCACUGACUCACUAAAAGUAGAUACAAAACGAAUUUAAGAAAUAGACAACCACAUUGAAUGUAUUCACGCCUAUAGGAGUAAAUAAUUGUAACAUGAAGUAGUAGAAUAUGAAAUAAUUGAACCGCAAACAGAUGGACACAACGCACCAAUAUGAUAAUGACAUGCAGCAAAACGUUGAAUGUUUUUUCUAGUGAUCUAUUAUGCAUUAAUAUGUUUGUGGAAGUUAGAAAUAGU